AUGACCCAUGCAUCAACGGCAACAGCAGCCCAACCUGGGAGUAUCACAACCGUGACCAUCAAGCAAGAAGAUGGCGUGUCAAUUCCCAUCAAGCCCGAGCAUGACGCCUUUAGUCUCUCGGAUUUUCCCGCUUUCGUUCGAAAGGAAAACGGAAUGGAGGUCAUCUACGAGGACGGUCAUCUGGAAGAAGAGGACGCUAAUGUGCAAGAAGAGGGGAUUGUUGUCACCAAGUUCGGGCCCCAUCAUGGCUCCAGCCAUGCCAACAGAUUUGAACCAAAUCGCCCAAGAACCAUCACCAAGCGCAAGCCGGACUUUCAAGAGGACGAGCCCAGGACAAAAUUAGACAGAGACUCCGACUCCGACUCCGACUCCGCCUUCGAGUCCAUGAGUUUGGGAACCCGCAAACGCCAAAAGACCAAGACUGGCCGGGCGAAUACUACCGCAAUCAGCACGACAGCAACUCAGUUGAGGCCCGAAACCACCACAGUGUUGCCAACUAAACAGAUCAUCGCCCAAAUCUUCUCCUCCAGUUCUGCUCGAGCCCAUAGCGAUAUCCACACCUACCCACUCCCGCCAGACCAACCUCAUCGACAUAGCUACCACAAUCCCCUCCUCCUAUCCUUCCCAGGAAGUUCGAACUCUUGUUCUACGGGGAAAUCCACAGCUGCAGCCCGCAAGCACCGCGAUGCCCUCCUCACUUGGUUCGACACAUACUGUGCAGCUCGCCAAAUGCCGUGGCGGAAGGCUUGGGUUGAUGCCAGUCCGUUGCUUUGCCCUGCCAGCGGUAUCCCUUCUCCCUCCAUCACAAUCACCACCACUUCCGCUCCCGCUCCCGCUUCCGCUUCCAAGCCCCCUACUUCCAGCUUUCAGCCGACAUCAGACUCGCUUGUGGGUCCCAAGGUGAAAGCUUCCCCACCGAUCCCGGAAUCAGUCCUCCUCUUCCCCAACCUAGCUGCCUCGAUUCUCCGCGCCCAAGCCGAAGCUGAGGCACAAAAACAGCAAGCCCAAGCUGAAGCUGAAGCGAGAGCCCGCGCCCACGCUCAAGCAAAAGUCGAAGCCGAAGCCAAAGCCAAAUCCCAAAAGCAAGCCCAAACUCUCCAAUCCCUCCGGUCCACCAUCGCGCAACGUUUUUACGAAACUCUCCUCUCCGAAAUUUUGCGCCAAAUUUUCCGUGAGACGGACCAGGAGCAGGCGAUACAGAACAUCACAACGCAAUAUAACCGGUGGAUAAAGGCUUUUCCAACGAUGGAGGAUUUGGCCAAGGCGAAAGAGGAAGAGGUGGAGGAAUUAUCAGACGACAUCCGCGCUACACGUUUACACAAGGCGGCGAGACAGGUUUGCGAAGGGAAGAGUUACAGAUGUAUCGAGACUAUUCGGUUGCCGACGACGGUUGAGAAGCUCCAAAACCUAUCGGGCGUCGGGCCUCAUACUGCUGGUGUGGUGGCUGCUGUAGUUUUUGGGCGAGCAGAGCCGAUGGUCAUCUGGGACGUCACCCGCGUCCUGGCGCGGCAACUGGGAAUCAGAGCGGACGCGAAUAAGAAGGACGCUCGGGAGGUGAUUUGGGAAGCGGCGAGGAGGUUAGUGGAGCAAGUGGCCUGGGAUGGAGUGGAGGCCAAGGAGGAGGCCAAGGCGAAGCGGUUUGGGAUAAGCAAGAAGGGAACCCGAAAAAAUAUGAACGAGGGAGAAAACGUGGUUGAUGGGGAAGACAGAAGAAGAAACCGAGGGCCACCCCCUCUCAGUGACCGGCCGGGACGCUGGGGUCAAGCGCUUAUGGAACUGGGAGCAGCCGUCUGUCUCGCGGCGCCGAAAACGCCCUUGUGCCACUUAUGUCCCAUCCAAGCCACUUGCAGAGCGUAUGCAGAAGGGCUGGAAAUUGCAAGAGGAGAAGGGAUGGUGGUAGGAAAUAAGGCAACCAGAAAAGAGCAGGACAGACAAGCGUUGAAGGAGAAAGUGGACAAGUUGCAAAAGCAAAAGGUGGUGGAUAUAGAAGAUGUGCCAUGUUCGUUAUGCCCUCCUCCGUCAUUACCUCCUUCGAUUUCUCCUUCUGCUGGUCAUCCUUUGGAUAUUUCUACACCGAAGAUCAAGAAAGAGAACCAAGACGACAUAGAACAGACAGGGGAGUAUCUGGAAGACACAGACACGGACACAGAAGUGCACUACCUCGGCACCGUGCCUAAGACGGCACUGCCCAGCACCAAAGAAGACACCCAGACCACCCAGGACACUACUCGACAAACCAACAACAAGGACAAAAACACCAUCUCGACCACCUUCUACAAACAAAACAGCUGGUUGAGGCUUUCUGCUGACCUCAAACGCCGCAAGCCUAUACCCGACCGUCUUGACUUGACAGCCAGAGAGUUUAUCACUACUUACUGCGCCCAAUAUCCCUACACUGCCUCUAAGCCGAGAUUCAAUGGGAAGAAGACGAUGGCAUCACGCCCGUCGAAAAAACAUUGA